AUGCGUAGCGCCUACGAGUACAAGCUCCUCUACUCCCGCAGCGACCACCACUACUACUACAACUACAGCUACAGCUACAGCUACUACGACGACUACAACUACCACGCUCCUGACAACGAGUACUACCGUCCCUACAACUACAACCACGACCAAACCCACCACGACUACUACCACUGUCCCUAUAACAACUACCACGACCACCACAACAACCACCACGACCAAAGCCACUACGACUACCACAACAACCACCACGACCAAAACCACUACUACCACUACAUCUGCAGCUGCAACAGGACUUUGUGUCAACAAUUCCGGUAA